CGGGAGGCACAGGGAGCAGCAGCCAAUCAGUUUUCGCCUUGCAGGCCACCGCACGUGAGUCGAGCUCGCAAGGCCUUGUGGCCCCGGCCUUACAACCGCGACAGCCCUACUACAUUACUACGACCGGCGUGCCGGCAAUACUACAACAACGGGCUACGCUUACACACACAUACACCCACACCCAGGCUGUUGCUCACGAUCUGCUCGCAACUCCCUCAGCCAGACUACCCGAUCCAGCAUCCCUUUUCCCCAAACCUCCCCAAACCCUCGUCUGACGCCGUGUUCGCGUGCGUGCGUGCGUGUGUGUCUGCUAACCUGGUUGGGCUUCGAUCCGUGUCGCCAUUCUGGGUGGUCAGGGCUGCAGCGUGCAGCACGGCACGAUGGUGCGGCGGACACCAGCAGCAGCAGCAGCAGCGGGCGGCUGGCGGUGAAACGUGCGUUUGUUGUGGUGGCGAAGCGGCCGCACCACGUGCUUUGCUCAGCAGCUGUUGCCGCUGCUGCACGGCGCAUGCUGCUCCGCGCUGGACUGUCCUUGUGCCAACAGCACGCUUGGAUGUCGAGUCGCCAUGAAACUGCGACAACGGCUGUCUGGAGUAGUGUGAGUCUUCAGGUCGACGAGGGCUGGAAGAUGGUGCUGCGCUCGGUUCCUAAGCCAUUUCUGUGGACCAAGAGCUUGGUGUAGACUUUCACUACCAAACGGUUACUCCAUACCCGAGGACUGACACGGCAGGUCCGCUAGGAGUACAGCAGUGUCGCUGGCAAGUUCCACGCUUACAUCCAAAACCUCUUCGGCUGGUUUGGUGCUGGAAAGGAACCUGACAUGUGCUUGCUAUCGUCACAGCUGACACUUUGUCACGGACAGUCUUGACUACUGUGCUGCUGCCGUGGAGUCUCAUCAAAAUGGAAGGAAGCCUUCUGCGGUGCUUGUGAGGAUAACUCGUUUGCAAUACCCUUUGAUGGUAGGAAGUGAUUUUUAAAAAAAUUAUUAUUCGCAUAGUUUUUGUUUGCUUGGGUUGCUACUCUACGAGCGUGUGACUGCUCAUGUAACACCUUUAUUUCACUAGACCAUUAUUUUCGUUUUUAAAUACAACGCCGUCCUAGCAGAGGAGGUUACUCGCUCCCCUGUCUGUUCCUAGUCUCCACCACAUAACUGAAAUCGUGACGUCAGCACAGGAUGAUCCCCAUGCUCCCCAUCAUCUACCCACCUGUCACAAACUUCUUAACCCGGCUCACCCACCUUGUCAGCUGAUCAUCCACCUCUACCGACCGGGCACCCGAGUGGCAGAAUUCUUUUUUCGUCGUGGUGGAUUCCCUCCCCUGGUAUUGCUCAAGACCUGAGCACGUGCGCACGCGGCCUGCGGUACAGACGGAGUGAUAAUGCACGGCCCCACACACCACUUCCCCUGUCGUCAGUCAUCGCACAUCGAAGAGGCUGAAAGACCCGCAAUCGUUGAAGGUUGAUAAUCUGCUGACUGCGUGCGUAUACUUGUGGAAUUCCAGACUACUGCUGCUUCAAGAGGAGUUUGAUCUUGGAGGAAGAAGCUCCAAACAAGUUCACGAAUUUUAUACUUGGCGGAAUGCUUGUCACAGUUCACCAAAGUCGAGAAACUGUGUCCAUCGGAGGAAAAGUCGACGACUAGUAAACUAAGUUUCAACUCGAGCUUUUCUCAAAGGCAAACCCUAAAAAAUAUGCUCACCUGCAGACAACCAUGCUGCUAAUAUGCUUUUUAUUUGGAUAGUAACACCCGAAUACAUUCUUAAUAUUGUGAGAUAGGCGUGGUGUUGUAUGCAUGAACACAAAAAUCAACAUUUUCUUUGCAACCUAAUUGCUACAAAUGAAUGCUAUUGAGGGUGUGGUAGGCUGGUUUCAUGAAAUUUGAUUUCAAGAGACGUUUGUUUCUUACACCAUACUUCUACGGAAUUGUCAUGGGAACUUCUUCUGGCUUAUGUGGUCACGCAGAAAGUCAGUGUGCCAAAGGUAUUGUCAAAACGCUUUAUACACCUAUCUUUGUGAAAUAAUUUUUAGCACCUCUGGAAAUGUUUAGACUCUAGAAGAAGCGCAGAAAAAUUGAUGAGCCUUAAACCCACCCGCAAUUUUAUUCGGCAGCUGUAGCAAAGACAGUGUAAGUCUGUUGAUGUUUGUCUACGAUCUGAGUCCAAGUAUCACAACAAAGUUUGGCUGUGUCAAAGACAUUGUUUUCAUGUCGAUCGUAACAUUUUGACCACGCUGGCGAAAUCAGCAUCAAAGGCUUUGCUGAGGUCGGGAGUUCAGGAGGAGUCGAAGAGUCCGCAUGAGGUCGGCGAGGAAGGACGCAAUGCGUUCAGCAGCCGAGGGCUAGUCGAGAAAAAGCGUGGCUUGAGUGUCGCGAGGGAGAUAUGAAGAAACAAAACGUUCGUACUCUUUCACUCAUCGUCUGCACCUUUACUUACCUGCUUGUCGGAGCCGCUGUCUUUGAUGCCCUGGAGUCGGAAUUCGAAACGGAGAAUCACAAAAUCCUUCUGCAGAAGGAGGAGAUAUACAAGAGUCGUUACAACAUUACGGACCACGACUUUGAAGACCUGAGGCGGAAUAUGAUUAAACUUGUCCCGUAUAAAGCGGGCACGCAGUGGAAGUUCGCUGGAGCCUUUUACUUCGCGCUGACAGUGAUUACUACAAUAGGGUACGGACACAGCACACCCCAGACGGUCGGGGGCAAGAUCUUCUGCAUGAUCUACGCCAUCUCCGGCAUCCCGCUGUGCAUCGUCAUGUUCCAGAGCGUGGGCGAGCGCCUCAACACCUUCGUCACCUUCCUGCUCAAGCAGAUCAAGAAGUGUUUCAAGAUGAAGAACACGGAGGUGUCCCAGACGAACCUCAUCCUCAUCGCCAUCAAUCUCUCCACCAUUGUCCUCACCACAGGCGCCGCAGCCUUCUCCCAUUAUGAGGGCUGGGCCUACAUCGACGCCUUCUACUACUGCUUCAUCACCCUGACGACCAUCGGCUUCGGGGACUUCGUGGCGCUGCAGCAGAACGACAUGCUGACCAAGCAGCCCGACUACGUGGCCUUCAGCCUCAUCUUCAUCCUCUUCGGUCUGACGGUCAUCUCCGCCGCCAUGAACCUCCUCAUCCUGCGCUUCCUCACCAUGAACACCGUCGACGAGCGGCGCGAGGAGAUGGAGGCGGCGGCAGCGGCGCGCGGCGCGGUGCGGUUGGAGGGUGACGUCAUCACGGGACAGGCCAAUGGCAACGUGGUGUCCGGCGCGCAGGAGACACCCGAGUACAACGACCUGGUGUCCGUGUGCUCCUGCUCUUGCUACAACCUGCGCGCCGGGCGCAACAAGCCGCGCUACUCGGUGACGAGGGCGCCAGGGAAGAUCGCGCACCUGCUGCCGAUGUCGCAGACGGCGGGGGCCAGCAACCGGGAGGACACCAUUAGCAACACGGAGGACAGUGCCUCGUUCCUGGCCUGGCAACAGCAGAUGAGCUCAAAACGCGCCUCUAUAUGACUUUGCGGGUGGUUUCGAGUCUGUGGUCUUGUCUGCUGGGCACACCCGCAUUGCCGGUUAGGGUGGAUGCGAAAAAAAGUAUAUAUAAAUACAUGAAGUGCGUACAUGGGGGUCGGCACUUCCGGCUGCGUGUUUGUCAACGAUUGUUCUGUGUGCGGCGUGCCUGUUGGUGAAUAGGAUUUUUAUCUUCGUGGUGAGCCAAGGUGGAGAAGAGAAAUGUCCACCAAAGUCACAGGCUGUUUGUGUGAAUAACGACUCAGAGAAAAAUAUUAAACACGUUUCAGGUGUCUACGGAGAGCCUGCUUCCACUCCGAAAUUUUUUUUUUCCUCCAAGGAUCUCACUUGCAGAGAGAGAGCUCCUCGUUACACUGUGUUUAUUUGUUUGUUUGUUGCAUGCUAAUUUCAUUAGUUUCUUAAUUUAUGUCUUUAUGAGGCAAUGCGUUUCUUUCUUAAUUUAUUUCUUUGGAGUGAAUUCUGGAAUCUCUUGCCUGGUGAUACUGGAACCUUAAUUCGUCUUUGUCAUUCCCAAGUGAAUUACUUCCCCUUGCCGACCCCAUGUUUUGUCCGCAAGUGCUAUUAUCUUUGUCUUUGUUAACGUUCUCCGUUAGAAGGCAGAGGACGAUGUCGAUGUGCGUUAGCAAUGCGAGGGAAAGGGGGAAAAGUAAUAACUGAGCUUCCAGCAUUGGUGUGGAGCAUCAUGGAAAGGUUUCCCUCAGUCGGAAACACGAGUGGGAAGGUCACUCUCAGGUUGUGAAUAUCUCCUAGCUCGAAUCCCUGGAGUUCGAAUCCCCGACGGUUUUGCAUCACUCUUCUUGCAGCAGCCUGGAUUGAGCACAAGGCUCCAAAGAAGUGAGAGUGUUCUAGAGUCUUUGUUGAGGGGAUGACAUUUUGCGUCCACAGACCUCGCAGAGUCCCUCCCUAACUGCUAGAUCGAUCAGCAAUCGAGCGAUCAUAGCUUCUCCUUCAUGACAUCGUCAGAGAUGUCUUCUUCCACCUAGUGAGAGUCUGGCGUUGAAGUACAGCUACAGGAUGAGCAACAAGUCCUCGUCCCAAGACACCGGAAGUACCGUUGUUGCACCUACUUUGUAUCGUUUGAGCUCACACGAUGUGGCUGUCCCAGACGGUGCCUGUGUUCCGGGUGAUUGAUUCUGCAUGCAGUUAUCCACGGUGCUAGAUCCUACAGGGCCAACAGGGAAUUUUGCACUGUUAUUUUUCAUCUGCGUGUGUUAUCCUUGUGGCCAUUUUCACUUUCAUCUUUUAUUAUUAUUGUUUAUCUGUUUGGUGCACAUGGAUGGGCAGAAAGGAUUUAAGCAUUAGCUGGUGAUGCUGUUAGUGAUUCGAGUAUCACAGGAUCUAAGCAACAUGAGGUUGCAGGACGA